AGGGUGACAGAGGGGAGGGGGCCGCCCAGCCUGCUCUGGGCCCUCUCUGCUGUGUCCGCUCUGACACCGUGUCCUCCAGUCGGGGAGAGGGGAAGCAGAUUUGAGGAUACCUCUGUGACCAGACCAGAAUCCUGCCACCCCCAGAUCCUUCCCCAGGAUGGACACAGUGUCCAGCUCCCGGCCCCCCCUUGGACUAAACCUGCUGGUGCUGUUGCUGGUGCUGCCACUUGGGGGCCAGGCCAGCACAGGCUGCUACGGGAUCCCCGGGAUGCCAGGCCUGCCGGGGGCCCCAGGGAAGGACGGCCACGAUGGCCUGCCGGGGCCCAAGGGUGAGCCAGGAAUCCCAGCCAUCCCUGGAACUCAAGGACCCAAGGGUCAGAAGGGAGAACGCGGCACACCUGGGCAUCCCGGGAAAAAUGGCCCCACGGGAACGGCUGGUAGUCCAGGGGUUCCCGGCCUCACGGGACCCCCUGGGGAGCCGGGCGAGGAGGGCAGAUACAAGCAGAAGCACCAGUCUGUCUUCACGGUCACACGGCAGACAUCCCAGCACCCCACGCCCAACAGCCUGGUCAAGUUCAACGUAGCCAUCACCAACCCGCAGGGCGAUUAUGACACAAGCACUGGCAAGUUCACCUGCAGAGUCCCAGGUCUUUACUACUUUGUGUACCACACGUCGCAGACAGCCAACCUGUGCGUGCUGCUGUACCGGAGUGGUGUCAGGGUGACCACCUUCUGUGACCACCUGUCCAACAGGAAGCAGGUCAGCUCGGGCGGUGUGCUGCUGCAGCUGCAGGCGGGAGAGCAGGUGUGGCUGGCGGUCAAUGACUACAACGGCAUGGUGGGCACCGAAGGCUCGGACAGCGUCUUCUCUGGCUUCCUGCUCUUUCCUGACUAGGGCAGCCAGGCCCGCCCCAGGCCCGGGGCCGCCCCGCUCCCCUCAGCUUCCCUGCAAGAACCGCUGUGCCCAGACCCUUCUCCCCACCUGAUGGACUCCUCCUCCAGGAAGCCCGCCCUGAUGCCCUUGCCCCAACUUCUCUCCCUCCUCCGAACUCCUUCAGGAGUCACUGCUUUGAGACUUAACCAGCACCCUCUAACACUGUCAAUGUUUUUUGUUUUUGUUUUUUUUUUCCCCAAGUCUCCGGAAAGGCAAGGUGAUAUACAAAUAAAUAAAUAAAUAAAUGGAAAAAUGUG